AUGGUCGCAGAUAUCAAGCGGACCGUGAAGCUCAUCACGGAGCAGCGCAACAUUGACAAGCCUUCUGAUGUGGAAGGUUUCCCAAUGAAGAGCUGGAACAUUGAAGUCUACCUUCUUGACGAAGCUGGAAAUGAGAAGCCUGCAAACUGCUUCACCAAAGUGGUUUACAACCUCCACCCUUCUUUCGCAAACCCAGUCCAAACCUUCCACGAAGCUCCAUUCCGAUGCGAAAACGAGGGAUGGGGAGAGUUUGAUAUGACCAUUGACCUCUACACCACCGAGAAGGGCGGGAAGAACACUGUCGCACACGACCUGAACUUCGCCAAACCCCGUUAUGAGGCCAAGCAUACCAUCGUCUUCAAGAACCCAAACACGACCUUGGUCAAUGCCUUAAAGGAGACCGGUCCUGUCCCUGGAGAUGAGAAUGGGCGUAAGAAGGAGAAGAAGCCAUCGUCGAAGAAGUCCGGUGCUGUCGAUAUGGAGAAGUUGGCCGAGGCUCUUGUGAAGCUGAAUGAGGAUGAUCUACUUAAUGUAGUCCAAAUGAUCCAUGACAACAAGUCGGACGAUACAUACACAAAGAAUGAUAUUGAGCAGGGGGAGUUUCACGUAGAUCUCUACACGUUACCAGAGACUUUGGUCAAGAUGCUUUGGGACUUCGUGUCUGCAGCAGGUCGAACCUAG